AUGUCUGCAAACCAAAACAAGAAGGAGGAUUGGAUUAAGCAUGAUGAAUCUUCCAUGAGUAAGUUCUUUCGAGCUCGAUUUCUCAAAGCUGAUGGAUCUUUGAAGUCUGGUCGUAUCUCUUCUUCAAUUUGGCCAGGGAUCAAGAAAGUCUGGAACUUUGUGGCUUCAAACAAGCAAUGGACAGUCUUAGAUUUCAUUCAAAAUGCAAGGUGGAAUUUUCCUCAGGUGGUGUCUGGCUUCAGGACUGAAAUUCUUGAGCAAGUGAGGUCUAUCCAUAUUUCUGGUAUGGAGGAUGUGUGUCUUUGGUGUCCAUCAUCGGUGGGUGUGUUCACAAUAAAGUCUGCUUGGGAGGUCAGUAGAAGGAGGUCGGCUAUGUUGGGUUGGUCAUUUUUGGUGUGUCAGUCUGCUAUUCAACCUCGUCAAGCUGUUUUCGGAUGGAGAUGGAUCAGAAAUAAGUUGGCUGUAGACGAAAACUUGAAAAGGAGGGGGAUCCCAUUGCUUUCUAGAUGUGAUCUAUGUGGCAAGGCGAAGGAAUCUAAAACCCAUUUAUUUUAUGAGUGUAGAUUUGCAGUAUCGCUUUGGAACUUGUUUUGUCAAUGCUUUGGUGUGCUGUGGCCAAACUUUGUAGGAGAUGUUCAGUUGAUCUCGUGGUGGAAGCUUCAAGCAAAAUCAGUGUCGUUUAAAGUAGUGUGGAAUAAGGGUUUUGUGCUGAUUCCUGUUUUUAUUUGGAUGGAGAGGAACUCUAGGCGCUAUGAAGUUGUGUACGUUUCUGAACACUUUUGCUUUGCAAGGAUAAAAAAUGAGAUCCAUUCUCAGACCCAGGCCCAUUCAGGAGUGGCAGUUUCAACGGAAGAUUUGGUGUGUGCAAGAAGGUUUGGUUUCCGGCUCCUUACAACUGAAAUAGGUCGUGCAUAG